AGCCAAUUCGGCCAGAGACGUGCGAACGCCCCAAGAACGCACGGCACAAAGCUGGGGGCGCCCACGUCGCUUGAAGCUUGCAGUCCUUUGCCGCCACGGCGGACGAAGAGGACGGAGAGGCUGAGGGCCCGGCUCACAUGCACAAUGCGGCCACGGCGGUCGCGGAGUCUGGGUCCAUGGUCAUCGACAUCGGGCCGGCGUUGCUGAAAGCCAAAGAGACCGUCCACGAAGGCGCAGAGGUGAGCAACUUGCGAGCCAAGGCUGAGCAGCGGGGUCCGCUCACCACCAGCCACCUGUGCGUGCGCCACCUCGACGUGUGCGAGCACAAGCAUGUCUGGAGAUGGGUGCCAGACCAGAGACUCUCGAACCUUUGGCACGAGCUCAGCCCAGAGGAGCGGGCCAGAGUAGUCGAGACUCACGCGGGCGGUCAGGCAGUGAGGCGGUUCUGCAAGGAGAUGGCGCACCACGUGCGGCCCAAGGAGUGCAGAGCCAGCGAAAAGGCGAAGCGCAGCCUGGGAGCAGUCUUCAUGCUGGACCAGCACUCGCUCUCCAUUUACAAGGAGAUGUUCGUGGUGGCGGUGGAGCAGAAUGUUCCCCUGGCAAUCAACAUGCAGGUCAUAGAAGCCGUCGACGGAGUUGUUCAGGACUUCUGCGCGGCUCGAAGACAACAUGAAGGCCGGCAAAUGGGCUACUUAGACCCGCGGGAGUUUCCUGAAGGGUCUGAUUUGUGGGUGCAGUACAGAGAAAGAGAACAUGUGCGGCUCAUGUGGAUGUCCACAAUGGCCAAAGUGUUCGAAAUCCGGUUAUUGCAGCUCUGGGAAUGCAGGCACGGCGCAGAGGAGCGUGAAGCUGCUCGUCAGGCGUCGCUGCGCGCAGCCAUGGAGCUUUUAGCCUUGGAGGACAAGGAGCAAAAGGGCAAGAAGGGCGGAGCACUUCCGCUGGAGCAGGGAAACGGCACCAAGGAGCGCCGAAAGAGGCAAAGACAAAGAAAGAAAGAGGCAGCCAAAGCAGCUUCCGCAGAGCUCCAGGCCGCAGAGGUUGGGGCUGAGGAGGGCGACAUGGACGACAUCGACAUGGAGUUCAAGCAGCGCGUCUUGGAGCACCUCCGCGUCCGGGCGGAGGAGGCCAAGAAAAGCGGUGCGCAGCCGCAGACAGAUCGCGGCAACGCCAUUCUCAAGGCGCUUUGCAAAAAGCUGAAGGCCGGGCGCGCGUCGAGCGUUGAGACCAGGUGGUUCGUCCCGAAAGCAGCUCGUUGGUUUUUGGGAGUGGGGCAUAGUGGGAGUGGGGCAUAGUGGGACCAUGUUUAAGGUAG